GUUUUGGUUCUCUCGCGACUUCGUUGGUUGUGUUGUGUUACGUAUUGUUGUGGUAAAAUUGUGUCGAAAGUUUUUUAAUUCAUAUAAAAACCGAAAUGGAAGAUCGAGUACGGUUGAAAGGAAGAUUUAUCAAGAAAAAAAUGCUUGAUAAACAGCUAAAAUUUAAAAAAAUGCGUUGUGAAAAAAAACUCAGUGCAAGCGACGCGAGGGAUGCCAUAACCUCCAAAACGACGAACAUAACCUCGGGCAGACGGAUUGUUGAAUUGGACGAACUGGCAAAAAACUUAAAAUGCUGCCAAUGUUCUCAAGUUCUCUCACUCGAAAAUAUUGUAAAUGAAAAAAGAAUGGGUCUGCGAUCUAUACUGACUGUGCGUUGCCAAUCAUGUUCAUCGAUGACAGCUGUAUCAACAGGAAAAACUCAUAGAGUUCAUGAGAAAAACGAGCAUCUUCACUCUGACGUUAAUACUAAGGCUGUAUUUGGAACCCUACAUGCUGGAAUUGGGUGCGACACGCUGAACAAAGUCUUGGCAUGUCUCAACAUACCUGUAAUUUCGAAGGAUCUAUUUAAACGGUAUGAGCAAGAAGUUGGCCCAGCUAUAGAGAGAGCAGCGAAAGAGAGUUGUGAACGAGUCGCAGAAGAAGAACGACAGUUGGUGUUAGAAAAUAUUGAAAAGCUGUGUAGCGAGUUGUGAGUUUUUUGAUUUAUGGUUUUUUCUCACUUGUUAGAUAUAUUAUAUUGUAUUUACAUAAAUAAUUCUAUUUACAAAU